CAUGAUCUACUGCUUCAAUUUGACAAGAGGAAACAGAAUGAACUAGUUGGCGCUUAAUGACAUAGGCAGCAAGAUGGCCAUCAACUUCUGCAGUUUGGCUUUUGGAACAAAAGUCGCCUGUUCAUCAGUGAGCACAGAUGGAUACGAGAUUGAGAAUCUCCUGAAAGCUGGCAAGUACGGUCAGAUGAAAGGCUUUCUUGCUGAACAUUUCAUCAAACCUCCGCUCACCAUUACCUUCACUUUGCCGUUUAAGAUCGACAUCUGCAGCAUCAUCAUAGACCCCAACGUCGGCUCACAGAAAUCCAGUGCGAUCGAGAUUUUUUCCGCAAUUGUACCUGAGGAAAAAGAGAGCUCUGAUAGGCAUGAUAAUGCAGGUCGAGAUGUAAGAAAUGAACCACUUGUAGUGUCUACAAACAUAGGGAAGGGAUACUGCAAUAAUGUCACUCCACGGCUUAUCUACUUUUGCAAUAGGAGGUAUAGAUCACUGCACAAGUUACCGACCAAGUCACCUGACUAUCAAGAGGGCACAGCAGAUGUUCUGGUGAGGGACAUCAGGUGUUCAAGUGCAGCAUGUGUGAGAAAUGUGAACCAGAUAGUGAUUAAGAUCACAAGGGUUCAUGGUGCGUCGGUACCUGCAUUGAAGAAGGUAGAGAUUUGGGGGCAGCCAGCUGUAUCUUGCGAUGAGUUACUUGUCCAAAAGAUAGUGCAGACUGCUGAACAACUUCUGGGACUGGGUGUGAGACAGAAGAAACAACCUACCUCAAAAGAGCAAAAGCCAUCUACUUCACGUAAAGUUGAGAAGAAGGACGGGAAAGGAAAGGCGCCAGCUUCGGACCAGUGCCCUGAGGAUUUUAUAGAUCCGAUAACAUGCAGUAUAAUGGUGAUUCCGAUUCUCCUGCCAUCAGGCCACACAAUAGACCAAGAGACCCUUGAGAAACAUAAUAAGAUAGAAGCAACAUGGGGUCGCCCAUCAAAUGAUCCCUUCACUGGUGUACCAUUCUCUGCUGUCAAUAAACCCAUUCCAAAUGUCAAACUAAAAGCAAGACUGGAUAGGUUCUUGUUGAUGGGCGGGGCCGCGUUCAAGAACGUGCCUCGGACUGCUGGAGGUGCAAGUGAAAGUGACUCUACACAAGACUCAUCUGAAGUGAAAACAUCCGUCCUAAUUCAACCAAAGAAAGCGGGUGCUCUUAGUGGAUUGAUGAACAAAUCACAGGUGUCAAUAAUUGACAACCUACCCGAUGGCGGAGAAAAUGAAGAAAAAAGGCAUGGAGGAAAGAGAAAGAGGAAAGUUAAAAAUGCAGGGACAUCAUAUGUUAAUGCACAGUAUGCCACCAUCGCAGCAAAGAGGUCCAAGGCUUAUGGUGUCCACUUGCCUACUGUAGAUUUGGCUUGGAAUGGAAGCAGUGAUAAUGGGAUUAAGAAAGAUCUUGGAAGCCACGAGAAAGCUGUAUCUCUUAGUCUGGAUGAUGCCCUUGCUUCUACUUUAGCAUCUCUUCCCUCAUAUAAUAAACCAGCAGCUUUGGGUGGUGCUCCUAUAGAAACCAAAAGUGACAUGUGUGUGAAUUGUCAGACCCCAUUCCAGGACAUGGAGACCAAUAUUUAUAAAAUGCCAUGUGAUCAUUUGAUAUGCCGUAGCUGUACAUCUACCAAGACAAGUGGGAUCGACUGUCAGUUGUGCAAAAGGACUUUCAAGAAUUCUCAGUUGUCUAGGGUACACAAAAAGAUAAAUAGCUCUUCCAUGAGAGUAGUUUGAUGAUCUAGGGUGGUAUUCUGAAAAUUACGCUGUCUUUAAUGUUUGUAAAUUAAUUGUCACUUAAAGAGAAGGUUGAG